AUGAGAUCAGCAGUGAUCGUUUUCUUUCUGACAUUUUGCCAGUCGGCAUCAGCUAGGCUUUUAGAGCAAAAUUGCGGAAUACGCGCUGAUGUCGCCACGUACCGCACGAGAAUUAUCGGAGGCAGGAACGUUCAGAUCGCUUCCCAUCCAUGGAUGGCCUAUCUGCACCACGAAUCGCAGUUCCUCUGUGGCGGAACGCUCAUCAAUCGACAGUUUGUCCUGACAGCCGCCCAUUGCCUAGAUUCAUCUUCAAAAUUGACAGUUCGCCUGGGAGGAAUGAGUCUAAGAUCCAGUGACUCCUCGAUGUGCCAAAUUCCAGCCGAGGACUACGAAGUUGACCGUGCCUUUCGACAUAAAUACUUCACCCCCACGAUCUAUUUGAACGAUAUCGGAAUGCUGCGACUGGCCAGAUUUGUGGAAUACAAAGUUCACAUUAGGCCGAUCUGCAUUAUCCUGGAUCCUGCGAUGCAAAGAUUAGUGGAGGAUGGCAUGUCGCUCACGGCCACCGGUUGGGGACUCACCGAGGAGCGAUCUGAAGCCUCAGCUCUCCAGGAGGCCAGCAUCGUUGUGAUGAACCGGCACCUCUGCAGCGAACUCUAUAAUGUUCCCGUGGGACUAAACCAGAUCUGUGGCGGGGAUAGCGAGACCAACACCUGCAGUGGCGACUCAGGAGGACCUCUAGGAGGUAUUGUGAACUACUACGGGGAACCGAAGUAUGUCCAAUACGGGCUAACGAGCUUUGGGGACAAAGAAUGCCGGGCUCCCAGUGUCUAUACGGACUUGAGCACCUACUCCGGGUGGAUCGAGAUGGUGGUGGAUGUCUAUGGAACGUGAUGGCUUUUCCAAUAUUCGACUCCGAGUAUCUAACACUAUCUUGAAAAUUUCUUAAAUAUAUUCCUUUUAUAUAUUAAUUGGUUUCAGAAGAGAAAA